GGAGCCAACGAAACAAAAGAUGUGGGCUUUGUGCAUUUAACCAAAGGUCCUAACCCCACGACGUACCUCUCUCUCUCUCUCUCUCUCUCUCUCUCUCUACGCGUCUACGCCUCACUCGUUUUCUUCCGCUCGCUCUCCCUCACUGUGCACAUCUCAAGCUUGCAACCGCAACCCACCUUCCUUCGAUGGCGGUUGGAUUAUCCGCCGCCCCCGUCUUCAAUUCCUUCCGUCGUAUCCACGCUUCCAAUGUCUUCCCAAAGCCCAUACCCCCUUCACUCUUUUCAAUCCCUUCUGCAGCUCGAUAUCACAGUUUAUUCGAUGGUGGUCUAAGGAAAACCAACUUCGCUGUCUGUUUCGUCCUCGAAGACACAAAACAGAGUGUCCAGAUCGAGAAUCGCACACCGGAACAGUCCGAAGAAGUGAAUUACCAGAUCAUGACGCCCCGUGCGGCGGAGAGAUUGGCCAGGAAGAGAUCCGAGAGGUUCACUUACUUGGUUGCUGCUGUGAUGUCUAGUUUUGGGAUUACUUCCAUGGCUAUUAUGGCUUGUUACUACAGGUUUUAUUGGCAAAUGGAGGGUGGAGAGGUACCUUUGCUGGAAAUGUUCGGCACAUUUUCUCUAUCAGUGGGAGCUGCUGUAGGAAUGGAGUUUUGGGCAAGAUGGGCUCAUAGAGCUCUCUGGCAUGCUUCCUUGUGGCAUAUGCACGAGUCUCACCAUCGACCCAGAGAAGGUCCAUUUGAGCUCAACGAUGUGUUUGCAAUAAUAAACGCAGUCCCAGCCAUAGGCCUUCUUUCCUAUGGCUUCUUCAACAAAGGCCUAUUUCCUGGUCUUUGCUUUGGAGCUGGUCUUGGAAUUACGGUGUUUGGGAUGGCCUACAUGUUUGUCCACGAUGGUCUUGUUCACAAGAGAUUCCCAGUGGGUCCCAUUGCCAACGUGCCGUAUUUCAGGAAGGUGGCUGCGGCCCACCAGCUCCAUCACUCGGAUAAAUUCAAUGGAAUCCCAUAUGGAUUGUUCCUGGGACCUAAGGAAGUUGAAGAAGUUGGAGGCCUUGAAGAGUUGGAAAAAGAGAUCAAUAGGAGAAUAAAAUCCUACAAAAGCAGCUAAUGGGAUCAGUCUUUGGAUGAUCUGUUAAUGUAUAGAAACAAUAAUGGUCAAUGAAAUCAAUUAUUAACCCAAAAAGAAGAAAAAAUAUAUAGAAUUCCAUAUUACAAAUGGAGAUGUGUUUAUCAAUUUUUCACUUUAUGUGGGAACCAUACCUAAAAGUACAGCAAUCUGUGCAUGUAUCAUUAUUUUUCACCCUUAAAUUAUCAAGUAUUACUGUUUUCAGCUUGA